UUUAAAUCUUGUAUCUUAUCUGUAGAAGAGAAGCGUUUUAGUACAUGAAGGACAUUUGAUGUCUUGAAUUAUUAUGAGAAUGAUUCUGAAUUAAAACACUAAUAAAUAUUACUUUUUAUUACAAAAAGAAAUAACAACUUUAGCAUAAUUUAUUUUUUAUUGUUUAGUAUAAACUCGAUGUUAGCCACUUAACGUCAAACAUGUGACAUACAGUCAGGUGACAUCAUAGCUAAGUGUUACCAUCUCUAUUUGUUUUUCAAUGAUUCAUUAUGAAGUUACCCAUGUAAUCUUCAUGUGUCAAGAUAAAAACAUUUCAAUACAUAUAAGAAACGUGAAUAGUAUAAUAUCAUGAUAUAGUACCAUUUAAUUUAAAAAAUGAAGCCCUUGGCAUCUUUGCCCGUGAUUUCAAGAUUGUCCAAGACAGUAAUACGUAUUCUAGGAUGUAAUCCAGGACCUAUGACAUUGCAAGGUACUAAUACAUACCUUGUGGGCACAGGAUCCAGACGUAUACUAAUUGAUACAGGAGACAGAAAAACUGCUGAUGCAUAUGUAAAUGUAUUGUCGCAAGUUUUGAAGGAUGAAGAAGCUACAAUAGAACAUGUGGUAAUUACGCACUGGCAUGGAGAUCAUAUCGGUGGAGCAAAUGACGUUCAGAAUAUGUUAAAAACCAUGAAUUCCACUGAACCUAUUAAUAGUACAAUAUGGAAAUUACCUAGAUCAUUAGAAGACAGUAAUGAUCCAAGUGAAUCAGAGAAAUCAACUAAUUGGCAAGCAUUAAAGGAUAAACAGGUAAUGGAAGUGGAAGGUGCUAAACUUAUAAUUGAGCAUACUCCUGGGCAUAGCACAGACCAUGCUUCCCUUUUACUUGAAACUGAAGGAGUUCUGUUUAGCGGAGACUGCAUUCUCGGAGAAAGAACAGCUGUCUUUGAAGAUUUAUAUACUUACUUACAAUCAUUGAAAAAAAUUUUGGCCUUAGAACCUCAAGUAAUAUAUCCUGGUCAUGGAUCAGUAAUAUCAGAUCCUAUACCUAGUAUUAAUUUUUAUAUUCAACAUAGACAAAAAAGAGAAGCUGACAUUUUAAGUGUUUUAGAAAAGAAUUCAAAGACCAGCACAUUGUCUGAAAUGGAUAUUGUAAAACAUAUAUACACAGACACCUCACAAAUUAUGUGGGAAGCAGCAGCAUAUAAUGUAUACCAUCAUCUUAAUAAAUUAUUGAAAGACGGUAAAGUGAAGGGUGAGAAAGGGAAAUGGCAAGUUUUAUGACAUAACUAAUUCUAAUAUUAUAAAAUUGUAAAUUAUUUAAUUAAAUUUAUGCUUGUAAAAUUAUCCCCAUAAAUUUUAAAUAAAUA